AUGACAUCCCGUCCACGUCGUGCAGCCGCUCAGAGGGCAAACACAGCUAUAACUGACAUGGUCGAUAGCGACAACCAUAUCAAUAGUCGUACGGGCAGAACAAUGUCCUCCAGGACUUCUCGCCGAUCUGAGGGUAAGAGUGCCGUAGCAUCUGACUUGCGCGGUCCUCCCUCCGAACCCUCAGAUUCUAACCAGCAUAUCCAUUUUACAGUUAAGCUUCCAGCAAGCAAGCUUCGCCAGGCCACUUCUAGCCGCCAGCAACCUUCAACCCCUAGAGCCGGGGAUGGAAAGCGGAAUCGUUCUCAGAAGAAGAGCUACGUUGUCGAUUCUAGCGAUGAAGAAGACGAGGACGAGGCAGAAGACGAAGUUCAAGUUGAAGAGGAUGACGAUGACGACGACGACGAUGACGACGAAGAUGCCGAGGGAGAAGAUGACGACAUGGCGGAUGAAGACGCCGAAGGCGAAAUUAUUGUCGACGACACUAUGGACAUCGAUGCCGAAGGAGACGACGACGAUCUAGGCGAAGAAGAUGCCGAGGGCGAAGACGAUGACAUGGAUGUAGACCCCAUUCCCCCUCCAGCACCUGUAAUUAAAGUCUCAAAGCCUCAAGCUAAGAGCACCCUUACCGGCAAGUCAAAGGCCCCUACUAAAUCUAACUUGAAGGCUGCCACUUCUCAAGCGAGGGACAGCGACGACGAUGAGGAACUUAGCGAGCUUGAAAGCGACGCCGACGAAAUUCAGGAUACUGUUAAAGUAGGAGGAGGUGACGAAGAAGAUGCUGAAGGGGAAGAUGAGGAAAUCGAAGCAACCAAUAUCGCCGAGGAUGACGAAGACGACGACGCUGAUAGUGACGGCGGCGCCGAAACCCCUGAUCUCACGCGAAUGACCAAACGACAGCGUGCCCGCUUUGAGGAAAAUGGAGAUUCAUUGAUGAAGCUCUCUGACGAGGUACAAGCAAAGAAGCAUUUCACAGCCGAGGAAAUCUCUAUGCGCCGUGCCGAGAUGGCUCGUCGGCGACGUAACUUGAGUGAGAAGCGAAAUGAGGAAGUCAAGAUGGAGACUAUAAAUAAGCUACUUAAAAAGCAGGCCCCCAAGACUAACCGCAAGUCUCAACUUGCUGGAGAGCUGACCCCUGAUGCUGAAUCUCGGAAACCCAAUCCGGUGUUUGUCAGAUGGGUUAGCAGCAAAGACGGUAGUCGAGUCGGUGUUCCUGAUGAGAUGCUUUCUGGAUCAUCCGGCAGAGUUUUCGUUCCAGGUGGCCUUGGGCGUGGGAAGAUGGUAGAGGAAGUCUCGUAG